AACGAAGGAGCAGAAGCGAAAGCGUUUGCUGGUCAUCGAAGGAUCCACGAGGCACGAGCAUUUAAAGGGCAGGUUUGCAGUUUGGGUCUUGCCGUUUACCUGAUACACGUAUACGGAAAAAUUACGCGUGUAGUGGUACGCCGUUCAAACUGCGCGCGCGGCUAGGUUCAAAGCUUAAAGCUAAGACAUAACAGCAUUCUAGACUGGGUCUACGCUAUGGGCGGAAAAAUCCACAAAUCUUACAUCAAGACUUUUAGUUCCACCUUUCUUCACCGUACGCGCGGCGAUCGAAAUUCCGCAAAUCUUACAUCACUGGUCGUACCUCAGCGACAGGCAGAUACAUUAUCCAGGCCGGUACGGGGGACUGCACCACCGGGUGGUGGAUCGCGGGGUUCCACAAGUGUCUGUGUUGGGCCCACUUCUGUGGAACCUCGAGUACGAUGCAGUCUUCUGCUGAAACUGAAGAUGUUGAAAUUCCCCACGACAUGUACAUCAUCUGUUACGCAGACGAUAUACUUAUACUCAUCGCUGGGGAGGACUUCAGGAGGACCAUUCGGCUUGCCGAAUUGGCAGUGCCGUCGUCGCGCGGAUCCACGAGCUUGGAUUAAAGGUGGCACCGGCGAAGACGGAGGCCAUGUGGUUUCAUGGCCUCCGGAGGUCCGCCGAGCAACCUGACUCGUGAAUCCGUGUUGGAGACUCAUAUGUUAGGGGAUGCUAAAAACAUUUUCACUAACGAAUUUGGCCAUCGAGUGGGGAAAAUUCUCCCGAAGGAAAAUUGUGAGGGACGGAUCAGUAGAUAUCGAGUCGUGCACCUCAAUUCAACGACGGAGCCCGAAAAAUCCAACAGAGCAUUACGAAAUGAUCAGCUUGUUCGCCUAACGCGAAGAUGGUUAUCCGCCGAUGCCGGUACAAAGAGCAUCACCCCGAUCGAGUCGCACCCUUCGCGCAUCGUGUACAUAGUUUAUGGGCCACGCGGGUAGUGAAGUUCAUUUUGUGAAUGAAAAACAAUCGGCUCCUUUCGGAGACGUUUAAUGUGAGAGUGCAGGGACGUCAGUGUAACUGUUUGAAAUUUUUUAAGUGAGGAGUGACAGUGGUGUAAUGAA